AUGGCGACUGUUGCCGUUGCACCGCAGACCCCCUCCUCCCCGAAAGUACGGAUACGAUCUCAGUCAUUCGACUCGCCAUUUCUCCGCAUCAGCGUCACGCCCGUCGAAGAAUCAUCAUUUUCAAAGUCGACCGGGGCACUGGAGACACUGGCGGGCUACGAUGACAUGGAGGAGAGCGUUGCAGCGGGAGUGUUCAGGUCUGCGAGUACGCUGCCUCUACUGAAGACCAAGAUGAGCGACGAAUCGAUGCUGUCAGAAGCAUCGAGUGCCAGCUCUUCGUCCGUCACCACGUCUUCAACCAGCUCAGAGAGCAGCAUGGAACUCGACGACGAAGACGACGAGUCAAUUGCGUCGGAAGACGACGACGAAGAAGAACAAGAACACGAACACGAACAACAGCAUCAUCAUCAUUAUCAUCACCAGCACCAGCACCAGCGACCCCAUUCUUUGACAUUUACUCAAAACACUACAAACACCACCUCCUCCUCGGAAAAGGACAAGGACACGGCGCUGAGCCCCCUGUCCCCCUUUCUGUACCAAGAUACCAGCUGUCCCAUGUACUCGCCGUGGCUCGUCUGCGCAGUCCUCGACAUGCACGACGUGCACCGGUUGGACUGGACGUCAAUUGCGGACCCGAUUGAACGGGUGUGGGGCGUACGGACUAGCAGCGCCGAUGUACUCGGUAUCUUGAGUGACAACGGGCGGGUGAUGCGGCGGCGCUGGUGGGACUGA